UGAUUGUCACUCUAACUCAGGCUAGCCAGCCACGGUAGUUACCUUCUCACUUGUACUCUACUGAGUCUACUCACCUACCUAAAGUCAUUAGUGAUUAGCCGUACUCCGUAUCUAGAACCACCUUAUCUAGACCCCUCUACCUCCGCCGGCGUCAAUCCGCGUCAACUACAUUUGUUACUCUUCGUUUUUUUCUUCUACUUCUUCUUUCCAUGUCUUCUUGUUGAAUGACACACGCUCCUUUCACGUCGCUCCCUUCAGUCUAUCGCGAUGGCAUCGUCAAUGCCUCUCCCUCUGCCUCCGCGCACUCCGACGCCGCCUCCUGACGAGGAGGAGGCCCACGAGCAACCUACCGGUCUGGGUUUCGAUAACUUCUUGUCUCCCACGAGACCGAGUUUCAGUAGCAACACGCUUUCUCCAAUGUCAGCAUCUUUUGGAGAGCGUUAUGGUCCAUUGGCACCAAGCGAUUCCGCUUCCCAGCGACAAACACCCAGCACCGUCUUCAGUCCCUCGAGCGCAACAUUUCCAUUCACACCCGCAAGCGCUUUGAGUGGCAUGAGCGAAGGGGAAGCAGCUUCGAAUGGACCAGACAGCGCGCCCAAUCCAUUCAAUUUCCAGUCUGUUCAGUACAUGCCUAACAAACCGCAGGCUAACAAAUCUGAUGUUGGACGACGACGAGGACAUAAAUACAAGCACAGCAGUGUCUCCCACCAAAUCUUCCUCGAACCACCCUCGCGCGCUCCUCUCCAAUUACCUGCUUCGCUUCCCAUCCCUACGUUCAAGGAAUACCGUUCGAGCAUGUCUAGGGAACAAACAUUGCGCUUAGGAUGGUGCUUCGGCCACUUGAUGGUUGCGGGUCUCGUUCAGUGGGGUGCACACGAGUCUUUAGCACUCACGGUUCUAUCCCGACUGAUCUUCUAUGACGCACUCGGUGCGUUCCUUUGCGUGGGAGUCGACGUAGGAUCUAAUUUCGAGGUGUGGAAGCGCUCUACUGUACGUCAUCCGUUUGGAUUUGAGCGUUCUGAGGUGGUCGCCGGACUCGCCAUGUCUGUGGGACUACUCUUCAUGGGCCUAGACCUCAUCUCCCACGGUCUUACGCACGCUCUCGAAGACAAAGGCGACCACCAACCGCAUCACGGCCACUCGCAUGGACGUGUCUCUCCUGGCAGCAUCGACCUCGCCGCCCUGAGUGGCAUUGUCUCGACUCUGAUAUCCGCAUUGGUCCUGAAGAACCACGCUCGCAUCGGGAAGGUGAUGCGACUGAGCGCCAUCGCCAACCUCCCAUCCGUCUUAAGCAACCCUUCGCAUUUUCUCACGCUGUCCUGCUCCGCACUCCUGCUACUCCUACCGCUCCUGAGCAUACAGAUGUACGUCUGGCUCGACCGAACGCUUUCAUUCUCCGUCGCCAUCGCCAUGGUAGCACUGGGCUGGAUACAAGGCUGGACGCUGGGCAAGAUGCUCCUGAUGUCUUACUCGGGCCCAGGCGUCUCGGACGUCCUGUACGACAUCCAGACCGAUCCGGCCGUGAGCUCUGUAGAAGAAGCCAAGUUCUGGCAGGUGCACUAUGGACUGUGCCAGGCGAACCUGAAGCUUCGGGUGCGGAAUCUGGAGGAGAUUGGGCGGCUCAGAGAUCGCAUUGGGAGCAUGGUUCGGAACCGUCUCGGCGGCGGGUACGGGAGCAGCAGUAGUGGGCAGAAGUGGGAGGUUUCGACUCAGAUCACGCUGGAAAAGGACUGAGAUCGAGACAUACUCAGAAUCAUAUCUACGAAACCUUUGCUCUGCUUGCAAUCAAUAUACCCCUUUAUUUGCUGUUCCCAUCUUCUGGCAUGUAGUCAUUGAAACCCGUGAAGAAGGCAGAGAGGCGACGAGAUGUAUAGACUGUAUUCGGAUGCCCGUCAUGUGGCAAGUCAGGUCCCGGGACUCUUAUUAGAUUGGGUGGAUGGAUGCCCGACCGGGAUCGACCACAGUAACUGGGCAGUCAUUCCUGUGCGC